AUGGACCAGGCCCCGUCCCCAGGGCUGCCCGUCACCCCAGGCCCCGCCCCCAAUGACAUCACCUCCUCCACAGCAGCGACAGCCACGCCCCGAGUGCCUGCCCAGGCUCCAUCCGUCACCCCAGCCCCGCCCCCAGGGCCGCCCGUCCGUCACCCCAGCCCCGCCCCCCGUCAUCCCCGGUCCCGCCUAUCACCCCAAGCCCCGCCCUCAGGGCCGCCCGCCCGUCACCCCCGGACCCACCCCCGCCCCACCACCCCAGCAGGAGCGAUGUCAGCCGUGCAGCCCUGUCAAUCACCUCCAGGCCACGCCCAGACCACGCCUCCAAUGACAUCACCUCCUCAGCAGGAACGCCAGCCCCGCCCCAGCAGCAAUGACAUCAGCUAUGCCGGCCCCGCCCCCACGUUCGCCCGUCACCCCCCCUGGCCCCACCCAGGCCCCGUCCGUCACCCCAGGCCCCGCCCACAAUGGCGACAUCACCUCUACAGCAGCGCCUGUCGCACCCCCAGGGUAGCCCGUCUUCCUGGCUCCGCCCCCAGGGUCACCCGUCAUCUUGGCCCCGCCCCCGGUGAUGUCAGCCCCUCCCCAGCAGAAGCAGCGACGUCAGCAGCGCCAGCCCCGCCCCCAAUGACAUCAUCUCCUCUACAGCAGCGCCAGCCCCGCCCCCAGGCUCACCCGUCACCUUGGCUCCGCCCCCAGGGCCGCCCGUCACCUCAGGCCCCGUCCGUCGCCCCCAGGCCCCGCCCACCCCGCACCUUUGGCCGCUGUUUCCGCCCCGGGGCUCGGACCCGGGGAACGGGGAAUCCUAGGUCGGUGGGCGUGGCCGGGGGCGGGGCCCCGCGUCCACUUCCGGUCCCUUCCUCCCACAUCGAGUUCGAGUGGAAAAAACAAAACAGAACAAACCCCGCGUCCGCGCGGCCCGGAAAUCCGGGUUUUUUCGGGGUUCGGGGUCCGAGCGCCGCCCGCGGCCGCGGCCCGGGGUCCGAGAAAAAAACCCGGGUCCGAAAACCCCGGCCCCCCGCACCCCCGGCCCCGGGUCCGACCCCGCGGCGCCGCCGACCCCGGGCGGCCGUGAAAAACCCGGAACGCGGUGCAAAAAAAAUAAGAAUCGAGUCGAGUGUGAAAAAUCCGGGUUACUUUUGCGGGUUUUUCACGGGUUUUUCGCACCCGCGUCCACGCGGCCCCGGGUCCGAGGCUCCGGAGGCCCCCGCCGGGAACCCGGUCACCGCGCCCGCGCCUCGGGCGGCCCCAGGGAGCGGCUUCGGGGGCGCAAAACCCGGGUUUUUGUGUGAAAAACCCGGAUUUUUUGCACUUUUAUGUGGAUUUCACCCGGUUUCUGACCCUGGGUGCGAGCCCCGGCCCCCCUUUCCCCCCCCUCAGGCCUCCCCGACCCCCCGGUACCCUCACCUGCGCCUCCGUCGGCCCCACGGAGAGGCUUUGUGGGUGCAAAAUCCAGGUUUUUGUGUAAAAAACGAGAAUUUUUGCGUGAAAAAACCGGGAUUUUUUGCACUUUUUUGCGCAUUUCACCCCCGAUCCUGGCCCCGGGUGCGAGUCCCCACCACCCGGACUCCUCCCAACGCCCCCGGUACCCGCCCCCGCGCCUCGGGCAGCCCCAGGGAGAGGCUUGAUUUGGCCCCGGUUACCGAGCGCGGGUCCGAGCCCCGGCCCCCAUCCCCCCCAACACCCGGUACCGUCACCCGUGCGCCUCAGGCAGCCCCAGGGAGCGACUUGGUGGCUAUAAAACCCCGAUUUUUGUGUAAAAAACGCAGAUUUUUGCUUGAAAAACCCGGAUUCUUUGCACUUUUAUCCGGAUUUUUUGAACUUUUAUGCGGAUUUUUCGCAAUUUUUGGCCCGGGGUCUGAGACCCGCACCUCACGUACUCCUCCGAACCCCCCCCCCCCCCCCCGUUACCUGCACCCGCGCCUCGGGCAGACCCAGCGUGCAGCUUCAUGGGUGCAAAACCCCGAUUUUUGUGUAAAAAACCAAUUUUUUUGCUUGAAAAACAUGGAUUUUUUGCACUUUUUGACCCCGGGUCCGAGCCCCCUGCACCACCUGGGCCCCGAACCCACCCCCGGGCCCCCCGUACCCGCACCCGCGCCUCCGGCAGCCCCAGGGAGCGGCUUGUGGGUGCAAAACCCAGAUUUUUCGCGUAAAAAACCCAAAUUUUUGCUUGAAAAACCUGGAUUUUUUGCACUUUUUCGCGGAUUUUACCCUGGAUCCCGACCCCGGGUCCGAGUCCCCACCACCCGGACUCCUCCCAACCCCUUCGUUAUCCGCCCCCGCGCCUGGGGCGGCCCCAGGGAGCGGCUUGGUGGCUGCAAAACCCGGAUUUUUGUGUAA